AUGUUCAAGGAAGCGCUCAUUGCUCUCUGCAUUGGUUUCGCUGCGGCGACCAUCAGCGACUCAGAAACGGUUGAUGGUAUUUGGUUCUUCCUGAUGGACUUCGCUGUCGUCGACCAUGCUCAUGGAGGGGAGGACCUGAAUCCUAAAUACAACGUCUUCGAAGUCAAGGACAACACGGCAACCCAGAAAUUCAGGGUCGACCUCAAGAGCCCCUUGGUUACUGCUGCAAGACCACUGGCUGGAGUUGAUAAUGAGAAAUUCUGUGUUGACAAACAACUCAGGACUGAAAUCGCUGAAGCUGUUAAGGAUGCUGAGGACUCUUGUGAGGGGCACGUCAAAGCACUCGCCAGCAAACUGAAUCGUCCUGGAUGGGCCAUGAACUGUGUUUCUCGAUCGCCCAAGGGAUACAACUUCGGCUUCUUUGGAGAGGACGAGAACUUCUGCCACUUCGAUGCCGUCAAGGGUGGAAAGACCUACUCCCUCACCGUGGUGAAGCUCGACAAAUCGGAGCCACAGCCAGAGCCAGAAGCGUGA